AUGGAGUUUGACUAUGCUUACGUCCAUCUCAAGUUCACUAUACCGCCCGCCAUUCUCCUGUCACUUUUAUACCGGCCCUUUUCGACACCGCUUGACUACUACCGUGUUGCAUCGUUGACAUGUAUCGCUGUGGUGUCAACACUACCAUGGGACUCCUACUUGAUUCGAGAUCACGUAUGGACUUACCCACCCGAAGCUAUCAUGGGACCAAAGCUUUUCAGAGUUCCGAUUGAAGAAGUCUUUUUCUUCGUUGUUCAGACUUACAACACCAGCGUCUUGUAUCUCAUCCUCAACAAAGCUACCACGCAUGCUGCGUACCUGCAUUCAAAGGCGCACUUGGAGAAUCGAUUUCACUCGCGCAAGCGCUAUGUUGCAUGGCUGUUAUGCGCCGCUAUCGUGCUCGCGGGAUACAUGGUCUGGAAAGGCGGCCGAGUCACGUAUCUCGGUCUGAUCAUGAGCUGGGCAGGUCCCUUUAUGCUGCUGCUUUGGGCUCUGUCUGGUCGUUUUGCUCAGCGCCUGCCGUUAAAGAAUAUAGCACUACCUAUUCUUAUACCGACUGUGUAUCUAUGGAUGGUCGACACCAUUGCUCUUCGGCGAGGAACCUGGGUGAUUCAACAGGAUACAAAGACGAGCUUUCAUCUCUGGCCGAACCUGGAAAUCGAGGAGGCUCUAUUUUUCCUCGUGACCAACACCAUGAUUGUUUUCGGAAUGAUCGCCUUUGACAAUGCUUUGGCCGUGUUUUACGCAUUUCCGGCCACGUUUCCAACGGUCACGGUUCUGCCACCGCCGACGACACUUGCAAGAGCGCUUCUCCUAGAUUCUGCCUCACAGGACCUGGGUCGCGUCACUGCGAUACAAGAAGCCAUGGCUCGGCUGGAGAAAAAGAGCCGCAGUUUCCACUUUGCGAGUGCUUUUUUCAACGGACGACUUCGCAUCGACCUGACGCUGCUCUAUUCAUUCUGCCGUGCUGCCGACGAUCUCAUAGACAACGCGGCGACCCCAGAAGAAGCGCGCCGCAAUGUCCUGUUGCUGCGCAAGUAUCUCGAUUUGCGUUAUGAACCGCGGUCAGAGCAUACCGAGUGUCGCAGAGAGCUCGAGUCGCUCAUCGAAAGCUCCUUUCCACCCAAGACACAUUCAGCGCUGCUCUACUUGCCGACUGACCAUCUACCUGGUGCGCCGCUGUACCGUAUGAUUGAUGGCUUCGAAACCGAUUUGAAGUUUUCUGCGCAAGGAGAAAAGAGUGCAAAGCUCGCAGCGCAGUGGCCUAUUGCAGAUGAGGCUGACCUCGAGAUGUACGCAUCUCGCGUGGCAGGGACCGUCGCAGAACUGUGCAUCAGUCUAUUAUUGCAUCAUACUGCCCACAAAGUGACGCCAGAACUAUGGAAACACCUAGUCUCAUCUGGUAAUUGCAUGGGAAUGGCUCUGCAAUACGUAAACAUUGCUCGCGAUAUCGCCGUAGACGCGCGCAUGGGUCGUGUGUACUUGCCAACUGAGUGGCUCAAAGCGUCCAAGCUCACACAUGGGGAUGUUCUCAGCAGACCCGGCGAUGCCAGCGUCUUGCAUCUACGUGCCAAGUUACUAAAGCGGGCGAAUCGCAUGUAUGAGGACUGCAGGUUUGCCAUUGAGCAGCUGCCUGAAGAGUCACGCGCAGCCAUGCGCGUCGCGGUGGAGAGCUACAUGGAGAUAGGGCGAGCUUUGAAAAGCGGUGAUUACGAAUUAAAGGCGGGCAGAGCCAGCUUACCUGCACGGCGGCGUUUCUUGGUGGCGUGGAAAGCUAUGUAUAGGUAG